AUGGCGAGCUACUUACCAAAACUAUUCAACCGGUCUUUCCCAAUCGUAUCGACGGCGCGCCGUUCAAUCUCGAUCUCUGCCGUCCUUGCUGUCGAACCUAAGGUACCCAAGCUGCUCAACUCACUCCUUCAUGGCUCCGAGGAAGCUCGAAAACAGAACGAGGCUUACCAAAGCCAUAGUACUACCGUCGGCUCCAAAACGAUAAGCGAGGUUCAGAAACAUCGGGUCCAUCCUCAGCAUGUUGAUCAAUACAAAGAAAUUAUAGGCGCAUACUUUGAAAAACUCAGUUCUCAAAAUGAUCUCAACAUGACUUUGAAGGGCUCUUUUGAAGUACUCGUAGGGGAGCUUGAUACCUUUGUACACAUCUGGGAGUUCGAUGGGUACAAGGGAUACGAUUACGCCACAAGCAAAAUGCGUGAACGACCGGAGCAUCAAGAGUUUACCAAAAGCAUCAGAUCACUCGUCCAUUCCAGAAACUCUCAGCUUUGCAGAGAGUUUGCGUUCUGGCCAUGCUCAGGACCCAAAGUCAACGGAGGGAUCUAUGAGAUGAGGAGCUAUCAGUUGAAACCAGGCACGCUAUUGGAGUGGGAAACUGAAUGGAGAAGAGGCUUAGAAGCCCGCAGGAAAUUUGUCGAGCCGAUUGGUGCGUGGUUUGCUCAAGUGGGCAGGCUACACCAGGUCCAUCACAUGUGGCAGUACCCGUCUCUACAAGCUCGGCUAGAGUUACGCGAAAAGGCCUGGCAAGUUGACACCUGGAGCAAUACCGUCUCCAACACUGUCAAGCUUUGCGAUUCGAUGGAUGCCAAUGUGUUAUUACCCAACAGUUUCAGUCCCCUUCGCUAA